GUAAUAAAGAAUUCCCAAGCAGACGCUGUAGAAGAGUUGAAAGGUAUGGCAGAUGAUGUAAAUGGUGUUACUUUAGCUUUAGAAAAGGAUGAAGUAUUAAGUUUGCAGGUUAUCAGUGACUCUGAGAUAACUACUAUAGAUAGUGUGAGUAUACAAGAAGUGUCUGAAGAAGUAAUUAGUGAAGACAAUGUAAGUAUACAAGGAAGAAAGAGAAAGCACUCCGACGAGAUAGUGUUUGAUUCAAACUGCGUUUCAAAUGAGGUAAGCUCGUCUCAGAAAAGAGCACGUACGACUAGUUCUUGUGAUAAAGCUGUGCGUGCAGAUCAUACGUACUGUAUAAAAUCUCCUCGUAGAAUGAAAAGACGACUUGAUGAUGUUGUAGAUAACGCUACAAUUCUUAAGAAGAGAUUGGAAUCGUCACAAAAGAAACUAAGGAGGUACAGAGGAAAGGUUAGCACUUUGACCACGGUGGUAAGUGAAUUGAAAGAGCAAAAUCUUAUCAAUAAUGAUUGCGCUACUAUUUUAGAAACGACUUUUUCUGGAGUUUCUAGGGAGCUCAUGAAAAGGUUAGUUACGCAAAAGGUAAAGAAAAAUCCUGGGGCGUAUCCACCCGAGCUAAGAUCAUUCGCCAUGACCCUAAAAUUCUAUUCAACGAAAGCGUAUAACUAUGUUCGAAAAAGUUUUGAUUUAGGGCUUCCACAUGUGUCUGUGAUUCGAUCAUGGUAUAGUUCUAUGAAUGGUGAGCCAGGUUUCACAAAGAACGCAUUGGCAGCGUUGAAAGUUAAAGUUUUGGCUGCGAAAGAAAAUCGUCAAGAAGUUGUUUGCGCACUGAUGCUCGAUGAGAUGUCUAUACGCAAGCAUGUCGAGUGGGAUGGUAAGCAGUUCCGUGGUUAUGUUGACCUUGGUACAGGCAUCAAUGACGACUCAUUGCCUGAAGCAACAGAUGCUCUUGUUUUCAUGGCAGUGUCAGUGAACUCUGGUUGGAAAGUACCGUGUGGAUAUUUUCUAGUAAAUGGUCUUACUGGAGAGCAGAAAGCAAACUUGACCAAAGAAUGCAUAACCAAGUUGCACGAAGUUGGGGUGAAGGUGGUAUCUCUUACAUGCGACGGCCCCACGUCUCACCAGGCAAUGUUGAAAUUGCUCGGCGCUCAACUGUCACCGGAUGGUUUGCAAGCCUUCUUUCAACAUCCAUGUGACCCCAAGGCUAAGAUCUAUAUCCUCCUAGAUGCUUGUCAUAUGAUAAAGUUGGUGAGAAAUACGAUGUCGGACUGGGGAAUUCUGAAGGAUAAGGACGGUAAGGUAAUUCGUUGGCAAUUCUUGGUGCAAUUGCAGGAAUUACAAGAGUCAGAAGGUUUACAUCUUGCAAAUAAGCUUCGAUCGGCUCAUAUCAAAUGGAAGCCACAAAAAAUGAAGGUAAACCUGGCAGCGCAGGCGCUCAGUUCGAGUGUUGCAGAUGCUUUAGAGUAUUGUGAAGGUAAGCUGAAACUGCCACAAUUUCAAGGGUGUGGUCCAACAGUAAAGUUUAUCCGUGUUUUUGACCGUCUUUUUGAUGUUUUGAAUUCCAGGAAUCCGCUGGCUAGAAAUUUUAAAGCGCCCAUCAGAAAAUCAAACUACCAGUAUACGAAGAGCUUUUUAGAUGAGGCAACUGAGUACAUUAGAAACCUGAAAACUUCAGACGGUCAGUCGAUCCUCACGUCAAAAAGGAAAACAGGAUUUCUUGGUUUCCUAUUGUGCAUCAAUGCUGUUGUGGGAUUAACAGAAGAUCUCGUUAAUGCUGAGAAUCCUGUCCUGAAGUAUCUUCUGACGUACAAGAUGAGCCAAGAUCACUUGGAAUUAUUCUUUUCCGCUGUGCGAGCUUGCGGAGGGUGGAAUAAUAAUCCAACAACUCGCCAAUUUAUAGCAGCGUACAAGCAACUGAUGAUGAGACACAACAUCGAGGGAGGACGUGGAAACUGCACUCCUCAAGAUGAUACUGAGAUAUUGAACAGUGUCCAGGAUCAGCAUGAAAUCAACUCCUUACCUACUGGAAUUUCUGAUGUGGCAAUUGCAAGGAGAUAUGACUUGACGUUGAGACCGCCAGCUGCAGAUGAUCACGACUACUGCGAUGUUUCGAACGCUAUGGAACUAUCUGAAUACAAAGAAGCGGCCAUAUCAUAUAUCGCUGGGUAUGUGGUGAGAAUGGUCGAGAAAAAAAUUCACUGUCCGCAAUGUAUAGCAGCUUUGACAACAAACAAGGAAAACAUUCCAGACUUGUUUGUAACAUGGAAGACGAAUGGAGGUCUUCGAUUGCCAUCCCUCGGACUGAUCAAAAUAUGCGAGGAAACGGAAAAGUGUAUAAUGAGAAUGCUAAAUGUAAAUGGAGGUGGUCUACCACAUAGCACUGGACUUUCAAAUGCGAUCGCUUCGACGGUGCUGUCAGUUUGUGUUGAAAGACGAGUCUUUAGUACGUUAGAUGAACACAUGUUUGAUUCGGCUCCAGGGAACAACCACACGCUAAGUUUGAUUAAAUGCUGUUCUCAAAGUUAUGUGACCAUUCGCAUGCACCAUUUAAGCAAGUUGAGAAAUGCGAGAAUGCAUGACAAG